UACAUAAAACCAUCUUAUAUUCUUCUUACACGCAGUCGCGCAAUUAGACAUCUCACAACCCUAAAAUAACAUCAAAAAAUGGGUCGCGGCCGGAAACGUAAAAACGACACCGUCGAGCCCCAAGACACCCCCAACCCCCAGAACGACGUCGUUUUCUCCCUCAACAAAAUCGAACUCAUCCACCCCUCUACCACCACUUCCGCCGCCGCCGCCACCACCACCACCACCAACCACCCAGCUCGCCGGCGAGGCCGACCCCGCAAAACCCAACCCCAUGAACCCAAUCAAAUAAAUUCCCCAAAACGACAAGCAAUUGAUCAAAACGGCAAUGCCAACGGGGUUGUUGAUCAUCAUGGUUCAGAAGAUUGGGAGAAUGUGGCUAAAGUUGUGCCCGAAAUGGAAGCUGUGGUGAAGGUGUUUUGUGUGCAUACUGACCCGAAUUUCUCGCUACCGUGGCAGCGAAAGAGGCAGUAUAGUUCUAGUAGCAGUGGCUUUGUUAUUGGGGGGAGGAGAGUUCUCACAAAUGCGCAUUCGGUUGAGCAUCACACGCAGGUUAAGUUGAAGAAGCGCGGCUCGGAUACUAAGUAUGUGGCCACUGUGCUUGCAAUUGGGACUGAAUGCGAUAUUGCUCUGCUUACUGUUGCUGAUGAUGAGUUCUGGGAAGGAGUUUCACCUGUUGAAUUUGGCGAUUUGCCUACACUUCAAGAUGCAGUGACAGUUGUGGGUUACCCAAUUGGUGGAGAUACUAUUUCUGUCACAAGUGGGGUGGUUUCACGAAUAGAGAUUUUAUCAUACGCGCAUGUAUCCACUGAGCUUCUGGGAUUGCAGAUAGAUGCAGCUAUCAACUCUGGGAAUUCUGGAGGACCUGCCUUUAAUGACAGGGGUGCAUGUGUGGGUAUUGCUUUCCAAUCCCUUAAACAUGAGGAUGCUGAGAAUAUAGGUUAUGUCAUUCCAACACCAGUCAUUAGGCACUUCAUCCAAGAUUAUGAAAAAAAUGGAGGAUAUACAGGGUUCCCUAUUCUUGGGAUUGAAUGGCAGAAGAUGGAAAAUCCAGAUCUGCGCAUGUCAGUGGGGAUGAAAUCUAGUCAAAAGGGUGUUCGAAUACGAAGAAUUGAUCCAACUGCACCAGAAUUUCAGGUUUUAAAGCCAUCAGAUAUCAUAUUAAGUUUCGACGGGGUUGAUAUUGCUAAUGACGGGACAGUUCCAUUUAGGCAUGGAGAGAGAAUAGGUUUUAGUUAUCUUGUUUCACAGAAAUAUACGGGAGAAAGUGCAGCAGUCAAAGUUCUUCGCAACAGUGAAACACAUAAAUUUGACAUCAAACUCGAGUCGCACAGAAAGCUUAUCCCAGCUCACAACAAAGGCAGACCCCCUUCAUAUUACAUUAUUGCUGGAUUUGUUUUUACAACCGUAUCAGUUCCAUAUCUUCGUUCUGAGUAUGGAAAAGACUAUGAUCUUGAAGCUCCAGUCAAGCUGUUGGACAAACUUUUACACGAAAUGCCUCAAUUUCCUGAUGAACAAAUUGUUGUGAUUUCUCAGGUACUCGUUGCAGAUAUUAACAUAGGAUACGAGGACAUUGUCAACACCCAGGUCCUUGCUUUCAACGGUCAGCCUGUGAAGAAUCUAAAGAGCCUGGCCAGCAUGGUAGAGAAUUGUAACGAUGAGUUUUUGAAAUUUGAUUUGGAAUACCAGCAGAUUGUGGUCCUUCAGACAAAGUCAGCGAAAGCUGCAACGUUAGACAUCCUAACGACACAUUGUAUACCAUCAGCCAUGUCUGACGAUCUCAAGUGAUCAGGUUCAUAUGAUGGUGAUAUUGACAUGGGGUCUUUUGAAAUGUUCAUUCCUUCUCGAACCCCUUAGUUCCCAAUUCACACCAGAUCUAGUUCUAUGUGGAGACCGAUUUCUCAUAUAGAUCUAGUUCUAUGUCAAGACCGAGUCAACCAAAAAGUAUCUUCUCUUGUGGUUGCUAUAUAGAAUGCAAUUUUGUGUAGUUCGACUAUAUCAUUCUGUUAACUUGUGGUUGAUAAAAGUUUAUAGUUAUUGAUUGUGAGCUUUGGGUAAAUAAUGUGACAGUGACACCAGUUUUGAAAUCAGUAUCUGCUUGGCAGCCUUGUGCUCGUUUCUUUCGA